CGUGGAUAUGAGGGUCUGGCAGAGAUUCAUAAAGACCUGCCCAUUCCUCCUCCUCCUCUCGAUAUAAUUUGAAAUCUCCCCGAGCUUGAGUUUAUAUACCCUGUUCACUUUCAACAAUUGUCCAAGUUGAAUAGUCGCGUAUUAUUUUACCCAUCAUCUCAGUGAGCAAUGGCUGCUGUCACUCCAACCCCGGGCAACGCCUCCUCCAAGAGACCUGAGCGUCUCCGGGACACCUUAUACGCAGACAUGAUGAAGCCAGACGAGGACCUCAGCAAGAUGGCCGACCCUGCAGAGCGUAGAAGGAUUCAGAACCGUCUCGCUCAGCGUGCUUACAGACGCAAGAUGAGGGAACAGAAGAAUGAGGUCGAGAAGCUGAGAGAUCAGAUCAAGAAGCUACAAGAAACACCCGAGUCUAGCAACACCAGCAGGCAGAGCACACCUUGUACACCACCAGAGAGCAGUGGCACUCCUGCCAUGCCCACGACCUCCCUGUCACCGCCCAACUUUGAGAUUGCCAACACACCAUCAGAACACCAGUGGGUGGGAGGAUACUUUCACGAAUGGCCAGCAGCGCCAGCCGCACAAGAGAGCUUCAUGACCGGCUUAAUCUCUCCCACAGAACUUGAAGCGCCGCCGCCUUAUGACGACUCAUUGCAUGGUGGUUAUGCUUCUGAUGGAUUUGGUGGUGCCCCUGGCAUGAUGAAAUCACCUCCAACAAGCCGUCAACACCUCAAGUCACGACGAACGUCGUCUCAAUCAAAACGGCCUCGCCAGAACCUGCCUCGCAGCAUCGGCAGCCCCGGACAACCACCACAAAGCCCACACUCUCCAUGGAUGGCACCUCAGCCGUCACCAAUACCAAUGGACAUUCACGCUCCACCAGCGGUCAUGAUGAUGGCACCCGAGCAUCAGAUGCCAGUGUAUUCACCCCACUUCGAUAUCCACGAACGCCCUGAAGAGUUCCAUUACCCUUCUCCGCCGCACAUGGACGAUGCACCAGCCUGGCAAAUGGCAACCGCGGAGGGUCUUGCGAGGACCCAGUCAGAUUCUAACCUCAGUGCCAGAGCUGCACCGCGAUCCCUGCCCGAUGCCAAUGCACCUAUAUUGCAUCUUGCCGUAGCCGGCGGUCACAUCGACACUUUGCGAAUCAUCCUCAAGCAAUGCAACGUCUCAGUCAACGUGCGGGAUAGCGCUGGUUACACACCCCUCCAACGCGCCAUAAUAAACGGCCACACGGACAUUGUAGAGCUGCUGCUCAAGCACGGCGCAGAAGUUAACAUCGACAGCUGAGCUCCCCUGAGAGCGCGCGUUGAAGUACAUGUGUAUACGCAUUGA